GGACGAUUUGGACGACAAGCCAAAGGGUGGCAGAGGCUCUGCUCAGUCCUCUUUCCUGUUGAGUUUCCUGACAUCCAUAUACUCUGGAAACCGCCCAAGAAAUGCUGCUCAUGGCAAGAAAGGAAAAGGGUCUCUUGGGUUCCGACGUUGAUGUGGAGAUUCAGGGGGAAGUAUCUGCUGUUGAGAACUUCCUUGCCCUUAACAGAAUCAGUCCAAACCCUCGAAGGAUCAUUCCCAUAACAAGUUCAAGGCAACCGUUUGUGUGUUUUACGGAGCGUAACCUUGUUGGGUUCUUUUUCAGUCGUGGAGGGGUUCUGAGAGCUCAGGUUCAGGAACUGGUCGGUACCAUCUGCACUUCUAUUGCAGAUGCCCAGGAGCAUAUAGGCAAUAUGGAACCUGGGAUUCUCAUCAAAAAAUUCCUGGCUGAUAUUGGUCUCAAGGGCCUGACCAGUCGCCAGCGGCGAAAAGCAGGGCAUCGUGGGGCAAUCGAGUUGCUAGACCUUGAGGAACUCGAGACCGAUCUUCAUAUGUUGGACAGCAAGGACUUCCGACCGGAACUUAUCUCACCAAGAAGUAUGUCCCAAGGGGGACAGUGCGGACCGAUGGCUUCCAUCUACAGCAAUUAUGUUUUAAGCGCAGAGAGCUUCUGUCAGUCAAGUGGAAACGGCUUCCUCAAGAUCGAUUGCCACGACGAUUGACUACGACACUCCAUGGAACCGGCGACCACCUGACUGAAAUUCGAAACGUCCUUGGAAGCAAGGAGGACAUAGCACAACUUUGGCCAGAUGUCGAUCCCCGUGACAUCAAGACACUCACCCUCGAUGCCGGUCAGGCUUUUGUAGUAGGCGCCUACGCACAUCUACCACAAUCAAGCAAAGGCAAGGAUCCAGUGCUUGGUGCUGUAUCAACCUUUGAGGCCCCGUCCACCAUUGCGUCUCCUACAACACCAAUGGCACCACC